AUGAAAAAAAGGAUAUUUAGUUUAGUUUGGAUCGUCUUAUAUAUCCUUUUGACUGCAUCAAUACAUUGCUCGGAACAGAAACAUGAUCAAUCUAAGGCAUCUGCUGUAGGAAAUAAAAGGGUUCGUGGUACCAAAGAAAUAAGCAGAAGGAAUGAAAAAAGUGAUAUAGAACCUCAAAUAGAAGAACUAAUAGAGAAUGACUAUCUUAGAGAUUAUCUAGAUGAUAUAGAUGAUAAAGAUUAUAGAGAUGUAUCAUAUUAUAAUGAAUAUCUCGAUGAUGAUAUAUAUUAUUGUGAAUACCCCAAUAAUGAUGAUAUAUAUUAUAGUGAAUAUCCCGAUAAUGAUGAUAUAUAUUAUAGUGAAUAUGCUAAUAAUGAUGAUGUAGAUGAUUGUGAAGAUGGCAAAAAAUUAAUAGAUGAUGCAGCGGAAAAAAAUCGACGCAUUAUAGAAAUGUAUGAAAAAAAACUUGAAACUGAGAUUAAUCAAAAAGAAAAAAAUAAAGUAGAUGGACCUACCGAAUCAAGUGAUAAAUUUGAUAGUAUUAUUUCAUCUAUUAGUGCAAAAAUAAGAAAAAUUAUUUCCAAAAUAUUUAGAGAAGCACCAUCAUCAAAGCCUAAGAUUAUAAAUGAAAUUAAAAAAAAUGAUAAUGAUGAAAAUUAUGAAAAUGAAAGUACAUCAGAAAAAAAUGAAACAAAUCCAAGUAAUGGUAAUGAAAGUAUGGGUCGAGAUGAUUGUGAUAAUAAACUGAGUUUCUCUCGAAGCACUUUAAAAGAGGGAAGUCUUUUGAGGCCGUUUCAAUGUGAACAUUUUGACACACAUUUACAUAUUAGAUAUUUAUAUGAUAGAAAAGAAGUAGGGAUACAUGAGUAUUUAGUAAAUUUAUUAUAUACUCAAAGAAAUCCUGAAGAUAUAUUAUUUUACUUACCUCAAUUAUGUCAAAUAUCAUUAGUACGAUAUGACUCAUCGUCUCUUUAUCGAUUUCUUUUAGAUAAAGCUAGCAAAUCUAUGGAUUUUGCUUUAAAAUUAAAUUGGAUAUACAAUUCAAUUGUUGAAGAUAAUAUACCUAAAUAUAAAGAAAUAUCUCAAAAAAUGAUGCAAAAAAUCGAAAUGGCUGCCGUUAAUUGUAAACCGCUAAAUAGUGAAUGUAAAAUUUUUAAAGAAGAUAAGCAAACCGAUUUUCUCAGUUUGGAAUAUCCACUUUUAUUUAAAAGAAAAUUUAUUAUAAAAAAAAUAAGAACAAAUGAAAAAAUAAAUCAAAUUAAAACAUUUAACAAAUUUCUUAGUAAUUCAGUCGAAAAAGCAAAUAUAUUAUCAUCUUCAAAUAAUUCAGACAUAAUAUUUAAAGAAACGUGUUUUUGCUCGAGUCAUAUUAAGAACAAUGAUCAGGAAAAUAGUGAUAUAGUGGAUGGAGAGAAAGUGAAGGCUCCACAAUGUGAUGAUAAGAUUGAUCUUCAACCAAUGCAUUCGAAUGAUGAGGAUAUUAAUGAAGAAGCAGAAAAUAAUAAUUAUCUCUGUGCAGAGCAAAAAUAUAAUGCCGGGGUUUGCCCUAAAUGUGAAGGUAUUUUUGAGGCGAAAAAAGAAAAAAAAGAUAAAAAUAAAAAUAAACCUUUAUCACCCCAAAUGCCAUCAUGCUAUAUAAUAAAUUCAGGACCUUUAACUGUAGCAUCUGCGAAAACAAUAUUACCAAGUACUUAUGAAAAAUUAGGAGACCCAUUAAGCUUUUCUAAAUGUUCACUCCCAGAUUGUAAUUAUAGUUUUGAUAUGAUUGAAGAGCUACAACAAUUUUUUAUGAAACAAAGAAGAUAUGAUUAUUUUAGUUUGGUGAACAAGUUUAUAAAUUUAUUAAUAACAACAUCUAAUCUGUUGGCAAAAGAAACUAAUAUCGAUGCACGAAAUGCAUUGCUAAACAAAUUUUUAUAUUCCUUAAAUACAUGGAUGGUUAUGAGAAGGUGUAUAGUAGCUUCUUGUGAAGAUAUUUUUUACAUGACAGGUUUAAGUAUACCAAUGGAAUCAAUAUCUGGUAGCAAAUCAGAUAUAUGUGAAUCAAGAAGAAAACAAAAAAAGAGUCCUAAACAUUUACAAAUAUUACAUUUUAAUAUUGAUGAAUGUAAAAUAUUUUUUUCAAAAAAAAGAGCACCAUAUUUAUUGGUUUUCGAAGUAGCAGAUUUAGAUGAAGAUAUUUCACAUAUUAGUGAUAAUACAUUUUAUGUAAGUAAUAGAUUAUUUAAUAUAGAAAAUGAUCAAAAUAAUAAUUUAUUUAAAACGACACAAAAUAAUGAAAAAGAAUCAGGGGUAAAAAGUUAUAUCAGUGGUGAUGAGUAUUCAAAAAAUGAAAAAAGUGAUGAUGAAUUGAAACAUAAUAGUUAUAUUCUUACGAAAAAUUAUGGAGAAUACAAUGAAAAUGGUAGUUCCUAUGAAUGUGAAAUGAAUCCUAGUUAUGAAGAACAAAUUAGUAAACUAAAUAGCAACACAAAUAGUGCUUAUGAUGAACCUAGUGAAGUUAGUAGUACAAAUAGUAGUUUAAAUUGUUUCAAAGAUUUAAAUGUAACAAAAAUGAAUGAUCUUUAUGUAUAUAAUGCUAUAGUAAAUGAUUUAAGGAGAGAAAAUUUAAUAUCUUUUACUUCUGAAGAAGAAGAAAAUAUAUAUCUUAUUAAAAAAUGCAUUGGAUUAGCAAAAGAAAAAUCAAAUGAUGGAUAUAGUGAUAAAGAAUAUGAUAACAACGAAAUGGAAAGAAGAAAAUCAAGAAAGCAAAAUAAUAAUGAUAAUCAAAUUGAAAUAAAUAGUACAUCUAAUGAAUCAUCUGCAAUAGAAAUAAAAACAAAUAAAUUUAUAAACACCAGAUCUGCAUCUAUGCCAAACGAUUUAAACACCUUCAAACCAGAUGAUAAUAAUAAAAAUGGAGAAAGUAGUGGAAAACAAGCUAAUGUAUUAUCAUCACAUCCUCAUAAUACAAGAAACUGCUAUUAUUCUGUAGAAUUACCUUCUGUGUUACCAGAUAUAAGUGAAUAUUUUAAAGUCGAAAAUUAUUUAAAUGAAGAAUUUAAAAAAAAAAAUUGUAAAAUUAUAAAAACAUUAUUAUGGGGAGAAUCAUUUGAAGAUAAAAAAAAAAAAAUUAGAAAAACAUCACCUUAUGGUAAAUUAAAAUCUUGGGAUCUUAAAUCUGUCAUAGUAAAAGGGGGUGAUGAUUUACGACAAGAAUUAUUAGCUUCUCAAUUAAUUAAACAAUUCAAAAUUAUAUUUGACAAUGCUGGUUUGCCAUUAUGGUUACGGCCUUAUGAAAUAUUAGUCACUGGAUCGAACUCAGGAAUAAUUGAAUAUGUCCAUGAUACUUGUUCUGUUGAUUUACUCAAAAGAAAGUUUGGCACAGAUAGCAUUUCAACGAUUUUCAACAUCGUCUUUGCGGAUAACAUAUCUGAGGCUAAAAAGAAUUUUAUAGAAAGCUAUGCAGCGUAUUCCUUAAUUUCAUACUUGCUGCAAGUAAAGGAUAGGCAUAACGGAAAUAUGUUAUUAGAUUCACAUGGGCAUCUAAUACAUAUAGAUUAUGAGUUCAUGUUAACAAACUCACCAGGAAAUAUGAAUGCUGAAACAUCACCUUUUAAAUUAACACAAGAAUAUUUAGAUAUUAUGGAUGGUGAAAAUUCAGAUAAUUUUAAAUAUUUUAGAAGCCUCAUUGUCAACGGAUUUUUAGAAGCUCGCAAACAUUCUGAAGAAAUUAUUCUCCUUGUUGAAUCAAUGAUGCCAGUUCUGAAAAUGCCAUGCUUUUCGAAUGGAAUGCAGUUUUGCAUCGAUUCCUUAAAAGAGAGAUUUAUGACAAACUUAACUGUUGACACGUGCAUACAACGAAUUAACGCAUUAAUUGACGCCUCUAUCAACAACUUCCGAAGUGUUAUAUAUGAUUAUUAUCAACGAGUAACAAAUGGAAUUAUGUAA